CUGGCGUCACCGAUGCCGAGCGGACGCCGAGCCCGGCAGCCUAGUACUCACAAGCCUUGAUCAACCUAUAGAUGGAAUGGAAAAUAAAGCAGAGCCCCUGGAUCUAAAACCUGAUGCUCCUCCUGACUACAGCUGCCAUUUAAAUUCUUCAGAUCCAAAUCCUGAUGCCCCUCCAGAAUAUAAUUCCCAUUCUGUAGCUGGGCCCCCUGGACCAGCUGUCCCUCCACCUUCAGGCUACCCAGGAGGAUUGCCAACUGGUGGCGCCUAUCCUAUACAGUACCAGCCUGGCAGGUAUCCUUCGCCAAAUCGGUCUGCUCCAACAACAUGGAUGCCAAUGCCAGCUCCUGUGCCAAACUGCCCUUCUGGUCUGGAAUACUUAGGUCAGCUGGACAGCAUACACGUUCUUCAGCGUUUUGAGCCUCUGAAAACAGGUUUUGAAACGAAUUAUAGAUACCAUGCUAAAAACAAUCUGGACCGGAUAGUUUAUACUGUAACUGAAGACACAGCUGACUUUAUUCAGAAUGCUGAGACUCUGAGGCCCUUCAUUCUCUGGGCCACUGACUCUGUGGGCCGAGAAGUCAUGAUAAUGCAGAGACCUUUCAGGUGCACCAACUUCUGUUGUCCCUGCCCUGGACAAGAGCUGGAGGUGCAGUGUCCUUCUGGCAUCACCAUUGGCUUUGUUGUGAAACACUGGAACCUGUGCAGGGUGGUGUACAGCAUCCAAAAUGAGGAGAAAGAAAAUGUGAUGAGAGUGCAUGGACCAUGCUCCACCUAUGGCUGUGGUUCGGAUUCUGUCUUUGAGGUCAAGUCACUUGAUGGUGGAUCCAGUAUCAGCAGUAUUACUCAGAAGUGGAAUGGUGUGUUAUCAGCAAUGAGCGAUGCUGACCACUUUGAAAUUCACUUCCCAUUAGACCUGGAUGUGACGAUGAAAGCCAUAAUAUUUGGAGCUUGCUUCCUCAUUGAAAGCCCACGGGAGGACACAGGGAGGACGCAGCCAUUUGCAAGGCAGAAAGAAAGUUCUCACCAGAAACCAACCCUGACAGCACCUUGAUCUUGGACUUCUAGCCUCUGGAACUGUAAGAAAAUAAAUUUCUGU